ACUUCAGCAUUUGCUCAGCACUUAGAAACUUGUUCUCGGAGGAAUACGAAAUGCGUUUACUUUUGAGCUGUGCUUUUAUUCUGACAGCUGUGGUGCUUGGCGCCGCAUACAAUGUACCGGCGGCGCAGGUGCGUGUGUUCUAUCCCAAAGGAUUUGAGGUUUCCAUACCGCAUGAGGAGGGCAUUUCGCUGUUUGCCUUUCACGGCAAGCUGAACGAGGAAUUUGACGGAUUGGAGGCGGGCUCAUGGGCACGCGAUAUACCCAGUGCGAAAAACGGUCGCUGGACGUUCCGUGAUCGUGAAACCGUAUUGAAUAUUGGUGACACUUUGUACUACUGGACUUAUGUCAUCUACAAUGGUUUGGGCUACCGCGAAGACGAUGGCGCGUAUGUGGUCACCCAGUAUACUCCAAAUCGGAGAUAUUAAGUGCGAAGUGUGAAUACUCAAUUCAAAAUUUCAGCUUUGUCGAAAUUAUUUUUUUUUUUAGUUAUAGAAACUAUAUACCUGCUAUUUGUUCCUAUACCUGUUAAGUACUAUAUAUAUAGGGCAUAAAACAGAAU